AUGCAGCUGAUACAUAUAUCCGCUGGCCUUUUGGGUCUUUCAUCAUUGGUUACUUCUGCACCGACAGUCGACCUUCAGCCCCCUACUGAACGAGGAUUGAGGUGGAAAUCAAGGGCUCAGAGGAGAAGCCCAUUGACCAUCAUUCAGGAGGUCCAGGAGACCAACAUCAUUGUCGUGCAAGAAAACUUGGAACAGCUUGCAGCACAGCAGCAGAUCAUUGAGCAAGAGUUUGCUGCUCUUGUUCAGGCGGAAGUAGCUCUUGUGACUCAGCUGGAACAGAUCAAGAACAACAUUCGUGUCAACCACUUCAAGGCUCGCUUUAGCCAAGUGAACACAGUUAUUGUAACCGUGCAGACCCUGGUUGACCAGCGAUCGAAGGGCGCAUCGAACCGGUACCUCAUCAAGCAGCUCCUUGCUGACAAUGGCAAGCCUGAGUCUGAGAUCGUCGUCAUGGUAUCUGAAGCAGCUACUAUGACUAUUGCGGCCCCAUCGGUACCAGUUGUCAUAGGCGGUGCUAGUAUUCUCUCUGCGCCCACUGCUGCACCGCAGAUCUCAGCCUUUGACCCCAAUGCCCCUUUCGGCCAGCUAAAUCAGAGCCUCAUCCUUCCUGCUGGCGCUCAGGCCCCCAAGAUCAAUCAGGUUUUUGCCGACCCGGCGUCCAUCAUCCUGCCGAAUCAGAACAACCUCUUCAUCGAAGACACGGGUGCCUUCCUUACCGAUUGUGCACAGUCGAACGCUUUCUUCCAGCUCCAGGCUGCGCAGGUCUUUGGUUCGUUUGAGCAGUUGGCCGCGGCUCAAGCCGGUGCUGUAAUCAUCAAUGAUGUUACCAUCAUCGUGGACGAUAACAAUAACAACAACAAUAACAAUAGGAACAAGGGUGACAAUGAUAAAAAUGGCAAGAAAAAUGGUGACGACAAUAACGCCAACAAGGGCCAGGGGGACGGCAAAAAUGGGGAUGCUGCUGCUGCUCAGUCAUCAUCAUCGGCAGCUCUGGUUUCAUCAUCUGUGGCGGCAGCAGCUUCAGAGCCCGCUGCUGCGUCAGAAGCCACCGUAGCACCGGCUGUGACCGCUGCGCCCGAGGCUGCACCAGCCGAGGUCGCUCCUGUUCUCCCCUCUGCGGUUGUUGCUCCCGCACCGGCUCCUGUUGCCGCCGCACCUCAAGGAUUUGUCACAUUGGUCCCGCCACAAGCUGCGGCUUGA